AUUUGAAAGGACUCCUGACACUAAACUAAUAAUAGGUGUGUCUCACAGUGAGAGUUUAGGAUAAGAGAAAAGAUAUGCGGCAUAGUUGAUAGUUGGUUGAAGCGUGAAGGAAGGGUCCGCGCGCCAUGGCUGGCAUCACAACCUUCCCCUUCAAACUCUCUCACUGUCCUCUCUUCUCUACUUUCGAUUCCAAACUCUUCGGCCUUCCCCUCUCCAAUCCCUAUUCCAUCAAAUUCGACCCUUCUUCUCUCUCCAGUACCUCUCUCCCCUACGUCACCGCCCGCUACUACGGCGGCGGCGGCGGCGCCUCUCCCCGCUCCCCCAACGACCCCCGCUCCCGCAAGUCCUCCGAUUCUGACGACGACGAUAAAGCUCUCGACCUCUCCACUCUCAGGUCAGAUACCGUGAGGCUUAUUGAUCAGAGCCAGAAUAUGGUUGGAGUAGUGUCAAUCGAUGACGCCAUUCAAAUGGCUGAAGAUGUCGAACUUGACUUGGUAAUAUUAUCCCCAGAUGCAGAUCCUCCUGUUGUUAGAAUAAUGGAUUACAGCAAAUAUAGAUAUGAACAGCAAAAGAAGAAAAGAGAACAGCAGAAGAAAAGUGCUGCUAAUCGAAUGGAUUUGAAGGAGCUCAAAAUGGGAUACAACAUAGAUGAACAUGAUUAUUCAGUGCGUUUGAAAGCUGCACAGAAAUUUUUGAAAGACGGCGACAAGGUUAAGGUCAUAGUAAACCUUAAGGGUCGUGAAAAUGAAUUCAGGAAUAUGGCUAUUGGACUUAUUACACGUUUUCAGAAUGAUGUUGGGGAGCUUGGAAUAGAGGAGACAAAAAACUUCCGUGACAGAAACAUCUUCAUAAUUUUGGUUCCAAAUAAAGUUGCUGUGCAGAAAACUCAAGAACCACCAAAGAAAAGAGACAAAUCAGCUGCAGAUGAAGUCACCAUUAGUGCCCAAGCAUAACCGAAAACUUCCACGCUAGUUUCUAAUUGUAGAAUGGAUUGAGUAACUUGGAUUGGUCCGAGUUGGAAAAUUUUCCGAGCAUUGUAUAAUCGUAUAAUUCAUGUGCAAUGAUAGCAUAUAAGUUCACGAGAAUUUUAAUUAUAGAGGCAGCCUUGGCUUUUCCAACACAAGUUA